CGCGUUUGAAAAAGAGUCGAGUCGAGUAGCAGCAUAAAAGUGUUCGCAAGUGGAGGAACACACCCUCCAAGUUUUCUGCAAAAUUCCUGCAGAAAUCCGUUCGAAAGUAAGCAAAACUAGUUGCAAAGUGUAGUUGCGUUUACCGCGCACUCGAUAGGUGUAAAAUUAUCGAUUGAAAUUUGAAAAUCGACCCCGAAAACAUCGAUUUAGUUUCGAAGGUUCCCCGUUGUAAAAAUCUGCGGGACUUCUUCUUUUUCCCAAAGCUCAUAAAACUGCACCACCAGCAUCGAACAUCGAAGGCAAGGGAGCAUAAAAGGAAAAAAAAUUGCGUGCGGGUGUAUAUGUGUCAAGCGAGUUUAUUAUUUUGUUUGAAGGGUUUGAAAACAUCACGAUCUCUGCGCCGUUUACCUGCUAGUAGUUGGUAUUAGUGGUGGUGUGCAGUUAGUGUUCUUGCGUAAAGUGACUCAUUCGUCACUGCAGUUGAUUCAUUGAGGAAACUAGCACACAGUUUCCCACGGAGUUUUCGUCGUCACAAAAGAACCUCUGCUGUGAGGAGGAGAGUAGAUUAAAAAAAACACCAUGGGAACACUAACCGACUUCAAUCAGGUGGCCCUCAAGUGGGACCCCAAGAAUCUGGAAAUCCGAACCAUGUCGGUGGAAAAAACGCUGGAACCACUGGUGCUGCAGGUCACCACCCUGGUCAACACCAAGGGACCGAGCAAGAAGAAGAAAGGAAAGUCUAAACGAGCCAGCGCUCUGGUGGCGGCCGUCGAGAAGGCUACCGAAAUCUUCAUUGAACGGGGUGAGCAGAUUGCAUACGAAAACCCGGACAUUACCCAGGAAAUGCUGUCGGCCGUGGAGGAAGUUCGGAAAACCGGUUCGGCCAUGUCGAUUGCAGCGCGAGACUUCGCCGAGGAUCCGUGCAGCUCCCUGAAGCGCGGUAACAUGGUACGGGCUGCCCGAAAUUUGCUUUCCGCUGUCACGCGGCUUCUGAUUCUGGCCGAUAUGGUCGAUGUGCACGUGCUGCUCAAGUCGCUGCACGUGGUCGAAGAUGAUCUGGACAAGUUGCGUAACGCAUCCUCGCAGGACGAGUUAACGAUUAACAUGCGUCAGUUUGGCAUCAAUGCAAACGAGUUGAUCAAACAGGCCGCUAAACGGCAACAAGAAUUGAAAGAUCCGCAACUACGUGACGAUCUGGCCGCUGCCCGUGCAGUAUUGAAGAAACAUUCCACGAUGCUGUUGACAGCAUCGAAAGUUUACGUGCGCCAUCCGGAGCUAGAUUUGGCUAAGGUCAACCGGGAUCACAUACUGAAGCAGGUUUGUGAGGCGGUCAACACUAUUAGCGAUGUGGCCCAGGGUAAAUCCACGGCACCACAAGAUGUGUACGUAGGAGCCGGCGAAUUGGCCGCCGCUCUGGACGACUUCGAUGAAGGCAUAAUCAUGGAUCCGUUGGCCUACAAUGAGGUUCGCUCGCGUCCUUCGUUGGAGGAACGUCUGGAAAGUAUCAUUAGCGCUGCGGCACUGAUGGCCGAUGCCGAUUGCACUAGAGACGAGCGUCGGGAACGCAUUGUCGCCGAAUGCAACGCCGUUCGGCAAGCAUUGCAAGAUUUGCUUUCAGAGUAUAUGUCAAAUAUGGGAACCAAGGAACGCACCCCGGAACUAGAACGAGCCAUCGGUCAGAUGUACCGUAAAACAAAGGACCUUCGCCGGCAGCUGCGUAAGGCCGUCGUUGAUCACGUUUCGGACUCAUUCCUCGAGACUAACAUGCCACUUCUGGAUCUGAUCGAUGCUGCCCGUUCUGGCAACGAAAAGAAGGUUCACGAACGGGCCGAGCAGUUUACUAAACAUGCAGAAAAGCUGGUCGAGGUUGCCAACCUUGUGUGCAGCAUGUCCAACCACGAGGACGGUGUUAAAAUGGUGCGCUACGCCGCGGCCCAGAUCGAGACACUGUGCCCACAGGUCAUUAAUGCGGCUCUGAUUCUGUGUGCUCGCCCUAAUUCCAAAGUUGCUCAGGAAAACAUGGAAGCCUACCGGCAGGCUUGGGAAAACCAGGUUCGCAUUCUGACGGAAGCAGUCGAUGACAUUACCACUAUCGAUGACUUUUUGGCUGUUUCGGAGAAUCACAUUCUGGAGGACGUGAACAAGUGUGUCCUAGCGCUGCAGGAAGGCGAUGCAUUGGAUUUGAGAAACACGGCCGGUGCUAUCCAGGGCAGAUCGGCCCGAGUCUGCAACGUGGUGGAAGCCGAAAUGGACAACUAUGAACCGUGCAUCUACACCAAACGAGUGCUGGAAGCCGUGAAGGUUUUGCGGGAUCAGGUUAUGUCCAAAUUUGCCCAGCGGGUGGACGUUGCCGUUGAUGCGCUCUCUUCGAAUUCGGCCAAGGACGUUGACGAGAAUGACUUCAUCGAUGCCAGCAGGCUGGUUUACGACGGAGUUCGAGAAAUUCGUCGCGCUGUGCUGAUGAACAGGAGCUCCGAUGAGCUGGACACCGACACCGAAUUCGAACCUGUAGAAGAUAUGACCGUAGAAACCAGAAGUAGAUCAAGUGCACAUACCGGGGAUCAAACCAUCGAUGAGUAUCCGGAUAUCAGUGGAAUUACUACGGCCAGGGAAGCGAUGCGAAAGAUGAAUGAAGAGGACAAACAGAAGAUCAUGCAACAGGUGGAAUUGUUCCGGCGGGAGAAGCUCACCUUCGACUCGGAAGUGGCCAAGUGGGACGAUACCGGCAACGAUAUCAUCUAUCUGGCCAAGCACAUGUGCAUGAUCAUGAUGGAAAUGACAGACUUCACUCGCGGCCGUGGACCGCUCAAGACCACUAUGGAUGUGAUCAAUGCUGCCAAAAAGAUCUCGGAAGCCGGCACCAAGCUGGAUAAGCUGACCCGCGAGAUCGCCGACCAAUGUCCGGAAAGUUCCACCAAGAAGGAUCUGCUGGCAUACCUGCAGCGUAUCGCUCUGUACUGCCACCAGAUCCAGAUCACGUCCAAGGUCAAAGCGGACGUGCAAAACAUCAGCGGUGAGCUGAUAGUGUCCGGGGUAAUUCUGGACAGCGCCACUUCUCUCAUCCAGGCCGCCAAGAAUCUUAUGAAUGCCGUCGUCUACACGGUUAAGUAUUCGUACGUCGCUUCCACCAAAUACACUCGACAGGGAACUGUUUCGUCUCCAAUCGUGGUGUGGAAGAUGAAGGCCCCGGAGAAGAAACCGCUGGUGCGCCCGGAGAAACCGGAAGAAGUGCGGGCCAAGGUACGACGAGCGUCCCAGAAGAAGGCCCAGAAUCCCGUUCACGCCCUGUCCGAGUUCCAAAGCCCCACGGAUGCCGUCUAAAGAGGAGGGCAGCAGCUCAUUCAGGGGAGAGCAAAACUUACAACCUGUAUGCUGUAGGGAAAGCAACAGAGACAGGUUAUUCCACACGACUUUUCUUUUAUUUAUUUUUGUUUUAUUUUAUCAUGAACUGAUAUCGAAGCAGCUUAUAAUAGUUAGAUUAUCAGAGCAGAAUCUAAUAGAGGAAAGGAAUUUUAAAGGUUGUAAACCUCAUUGCGAGAACAAAUUUGGCUUUCAAAAUUGGAAACCCCAUUUUAUAGAACAGCUAUAUAAAGAACGAUGGUCUAUAUUUUAUCACUAUUUUAUAGUUUUUUGUGUAUCGCAUCGUUAUAUUUAUUUAUACAUUUCUCAUCACGUAAUGAGUAAAUGCAUUUUAUCAAUACUUAUAUAAUCGCACAGUCAACAAGAGUUUGUAAACCAGUAUUUUGGAGAAUGAAAACAAUUAAACUUCUUACUCUACAUUGAUAUUGAAAAUAUUUGCAAUGUAACUUUUAAACGUUGAAAGUCGCACCGAACUUACAUAUACUGUAACAAGGUAAUCAUUCAAGCUAUUAUUCAAAGAUAGUUAAGAAUCUAAAUAUGAUUAAAAAAAAAAGAUUGAAA